AUGUCGAUGACGGUACAGGAGUAUCUCGAUCGCCACAAGCUGUCGCUGCGCAUAGAGGAGGCGGUCAAUGCGGCCGUGCGGGCGAAAUCCGACGAGCCAAUCGCAUUCAUUGCGCAGCACUUGCAGCGAGCAGCCCCGUCAGUGAUCCUGAGUGUGAAGGGCCGCAUGGUGCUGGACGCACGGGGGGAGCCCACGGUGGAGGCGGAGGUGGGCUCGCACAGGGGCAAGUUCCGCGCCUCUGUUCCCACUGGCGUCACUUCUGGCAUCUAUGAAGCAGUGGAGGUGCGGGAUGGAGACGAGGGGCUUUUUUUGGGGAGGGGCGUGCAAAGGGCGGUGGGGAAUGUGAGUGACGCGAUAGCAGCAGCGGUGGUGGGGAGGGACCCUCGCGAGCAGGGCGAGAUCGAUCGCCUUAUGGCGGCUGAAUUGGAUCAGACAGACAACAAGGGCGAGUUGGGAGCCAAUGCCAUUCUCGCCGUGUCACUGGCAGUUUGCCGGGCAGGCGCAGCAGAGAGAGAGAUCCCACUACACGAGUACAUCGCCUCUCUCGCAGCGCUCCCCCACCCCUCCCUCCCAGUGCCUGAGUUCGCCCUCCUGUCAGGCGCCCUCACGCCCUCCUCUGCAGCCUCACCCCCCUUCCACUCCCUCUCUAUCCUGCCUCUUGGUGCAUCCACGUUUUCAGAGGCAGUGCGGAUUGGGGCAGAGGUGCAGCACUGCCUUCAGGCGCUUGCAGCGGAGCGGUUUGGGUCGGCAGCAGCAGCGCUGGUGACUGGCGAUGGCAGCUUGGGGCUGCCCCUUGGAAGCAUACGGGACGGUUUGCAGCUGCUGACGUCAGCAGUGGCGAAAGCAGGGCACACAGAGAAAGUGAAGAUCAGUGUUCAUGCAGCGCUGGGUGGGCGCGUGACAGACGAAGGUCACUAUGACCUGGGCAUGCAGCAGGAGCAGCUUCAGCUGGAUGGCAGCGCUGACAUCAGCAUGACAUCAGCCAACAGCAGCAGUUUGGAGCAAGUGACAGUUCAGCAGCUCAUAGACGUGUACCAGCAGCUGUGCUCAGAGUUCCCCAUUGUGAGCAUAGAGGACCCCUUUGACCAGGAAGACUUUGACGCCACUCAAGCUCUUUCAGAGGCAGGCUUCACGCAGGUGGUGGGCAACGACCUGCUGGUCUCCAAUGCCAAGCGACUGGCUCAAGCCAUUGAGAGACGCACGUGCAGUGGCAUUGCAGUUAAGCUUCCCCUUAUCGGCACUCUCUCAGAGGCCCUAGAGGUGGCCAAGGCAGCGAGAGCAGCGGGGUGGACAGUGGUGGUGGCAGGUGGGGUGGGGCGGCAGGGGGACACAGAGGACUGCAUGCUUGCUGACGUGGCAGUGGGCAUGGGAGCCCAGCGAAUCAAAGCAGGGGGCGUGUGCCGGGGCGAGCGAUGCGCCAAGUAUAACCAGCUUUUACGGAUUGAGGAAGAGCUCGGAAGCAAGGCGACUUAUGCAGCAGCAACAGCAGUUCUUCUCAUGCGUCCCCUUGCUCCUUUACUUCUUUCCUGGUGUUUCUCCGCGUACUCCACACUCGUGACGAUCUUCGAGCUAUCAAUCUACUCGGCGCGACGGCGCGGGUGGGAGAAAGGACCAUACGUGCGUGUGCAUUACGAGAACCUUUCAAAAGCCAGCUUGGAUCAUCUUCAGAACCUCCUGUCCUCGUGGUCCUCAUGGGAAUCCACCCAAACUCCAACCUCUGAACGCGAGGGUCAGGAGCAACAGAGCACAACGCUGAGUGGAACCGACGUCUACUUCCCUUCCUCUGGGCCCGCCUCUGCAGCAGUCCCCUCUGUGCUAUCUCGCCUUGGUCCUUUGGGUUCGUUUCGCUCUCCUGGGGCUACAGGGCAGGCAUCCGUAGCACCACUGCGUGCUCGAGGAGGCGGGAUGGGGGAGAGGUUUGAAGGGCUCGUGUCGGGUGUGCUGAGUGCGGAGCUGCGUGCUGCCAUGGGCAUAGGGGUGAGUGAUUCUGAAUGCUUUGGAGGCCUUGAGGGAUCGGAGGGGGUUGGGUGGGGUGUGCUGGCGGUAGCCGUGAAACUGUUGUGGCUAAAGGAGGGAGGGAUGGAGGAGACGUAUGAGAGCCUGCUACCAGGUGUGUUGAGUGCAGAGGUGCAUGCUGCCAUGGGUCUAGGAGAUCGCGACCCCCCUCCAUGGCUCAGGCGAAUGCGAGAGCUGGGGUACCCGCCUGGCUAUCUUGGCUACGAAGAGGAGGAGACGGCAAAGGUGAAAGGUCAGGGAGCAGCAGCAACAGCAGGGAAGGCUUCAAAGGAGGAGGGAGAGGACAGUGAUAGUGAGGCAGGAGAAAUUCCAGCAGAGAACAGCACUGAAGGAAAACCAGUCAAGGAGAAGGCUGCUACUUCUGCUGCUGCGGCUGAAGAUUUGAAUGGGUUCAAGUCCCUUGCUCUUGUGCUGGAUGAUGCUUCCGAGGAAAGUUCCCCUGAUGCUGAUGGUGGUGGGGAUGGAGAGGGGGGGCGUGAAACGACUCCUGAACCUGAACCUUUCCUUGUUCCCACUGUCAAGUUUCCGGGUUUGAAUGCUCCUCCUCCUGAGGGUGGGGAUGAAUACCUUUGGGGAGGGAGGGGGUGGCGGGCGGAUUGGGAGGAGAGUGAGAGGCGGAGGAGGUUGAGAUAUGAGGAGCAGAGGUGGGAGGAGGAAUGCCGGAUUUUGAGAGAGGGGGAGGAGAGGGAGAAGGGUAAGGAGGGAAAGGGAGAUGAGGAUGAGAGGGAGACGAAGCGGAGGAGGUUGGGUGGGAAUGAUUCUGCUGAUGAGAAGAGAGAGGGAGAGACAGGAGCAACGACAGAAAGGGAGGUGUGGAUGAGACGAGGAGGGAGGAGUGGAGCCCAAUCAGGGUUGAGGAUGACAGGGGUGCUUAUGAGGGAAGAGAGAGAAGGAGAGCUGGCAACGCUGAUUCUGACCGGUGGCAGUUGGAUUAUGACAGGUGGCAUGCGGGCAGCAGCUCCCAUGGGGCUUAUCUGGACCAAUCCCGCUACGACACAUCAUCACGACGACAUGACGAUUCAGUCACAGAUCGAUAUGGAGCUGGACACGUACCAAGGCUAUGGUCAAGGGACAGCAGCAAGAGGAGCUACUAUUGAAGCACCAACUCCAACCACCGCUUAUUCCGGAGCAGCAGCAAGUGUCAACCAGACUCAAGGAUAUUCACAACCCGAUGCAGUCACCUCUCAUGUUCCUUAUCUCCCGCCGUCAAAUUCAAUCCACCCUCUUGGAACAACCAACCAUACUCCUCUUCCGCCUCUUCCUCUUGGCCCUCCCCCUCCGCCGCCUGACAGCUGUUCUUAUCCGCCUUUACCUCCUGGACCUCCCCCUCCAUUAUACCCCUAUCCUGGGUCUUCUCCGCCUCCUCUCCCAGCAGCACCACCGCCUAUCACUCCUCCCCCGCCUGCCUAUCCCCCUCCUCCCUCGCCUGCAUUCUUGACCCAACCUGCAGGAGCAGCUGUAACCCCUCCACCUUAUCUGCCUUCGUAUCGAUGGUGA